GUGGCCACUCUCCUAUGGCGAUUACCUAAAAUGGCAAUCAGCUAAAUCAGAUUGAAAUUCACAUUAUGACGCAGCACAUAUAAAAGUAAAUUGCGAAAAAUUUGAUAUUGUGAAUGUUAAAUUCCUUUUGGAUACUCAACACACACAGUAAUUAUUGGAGUCAUUGACGUUCAAGCAUUGCAACAUUCAUCUAGUCAUUGGGCGACCUUCUGCCUCCGACGCACAAUUCUCAUCUGUGAUAAAUAAAAUUCGAUAAGAUAACGACCCGUCGCCAGGUAAUCCACAAUCGAACAGAACAAAAGCAGUGGCUACGAUUGGCGCAGGGGUUUCAUUACGCCAACGAAUUUCGAUCUGGAAGCAAGCAGUAAGCUCAACAUGGGUGAAGAAACUCCAGUUCAGGUUGCGGAACAAUCUUCCGAACAACCAACAGCGAUAGAGGAGCACCUUCAAGCGGAAGUGAUAAAUGAGGACGUUAAAACAACCGUUGAUGUCGAAGUUGUACCUCAUAGUGUGCAAACCAAUGAUACCGAGGAAACCAAUCAUGAAGCACAACCAGCGUUGAACUCAACGGUCGAAGUAACACCGGAAAUCACUCCGCAGGAUGCCACAGCUGCAAUUACUUAUGUGAAACGAGCAGAUGGAUUACCACAGUUCAUGUAUGAUGCAGUGGCGCGCAUCGCUCCUCAGGAAGGAUUUACUCCCAACCAGUUCGAAAUCAGCUUCGAAUCUGGAUCGGGCAAGGGUGAUGGUUUCGUGGGAGAAAUGUAUCGAGCCACCGUCACCGAAGGUGACCGAAAGCUAGUGCUUCUGUGUAAGAUUCCACCAAUCAACGAUGCACGUCGUCAGCAGUUCGAUUCGCUUUCGAUCUUCGAUCGUGAAGUUACAGCGUACUCAAGUUUGAUUCCAGCAAUGUAUGAAUUCCAACGUGAGAAGGGUAUUACCGAAGAAAUGGGCGUCGGUUUCUUCAAUGCGCCACACUGCUAUUCGUCUUAUAUAAAUAGAGCUACCGAGGAAUCUGUCAUAAUUAUGGAUGAUUUGCGUUUGAAAGGUUAUCGGAUGUGGAAUAAGUUGGUGCCAGUCAACUAUGAACAUGCUCGCUUACUGAUGAUACAGCUCGGAAGAUUACAUGCCGUAUCAUUUGCACUAAAAGAUCAACGACCAGAAGUAUUUGAACAAUUCAAAUUACCCGAUCCAUUAUCCACCAUGAUGGCAUUAAACGAUGGAUUUACAAUGAUGAUGAGUGCAUCGCUGGAUAAAGCUCUAAAUACUCUGGAACCUCACGAAGAGAAAGCGCGCCAAAAAAUAAGCAAACUUAAGGAAACUUUGCUUGAAGAUAUAGCGACUAUUACUAGUCCGGAAUAUUCCGAACCAUAUACUGUCCUAGGGCACGGCGAUUGUUGGAUAAACAACUUCAUCUUUUCGUAUAAACGUGGUGUACCCAAUGGCAUAGUUUUACUCGAUUGGCAACUCUGCCGUUACGUGUCACCAGUCCUAGAUCUACUGUAUUUCAUAUUCGGAUGCACAGAUGAAGCUUUUCGUCGACAACACUAUGACGAAAUGAUCCGCAUCUAUUACGACUCGCUGAAGCAACUGCUGGAGAAACUAGGUGGAGACGCAACCCGGCAAUUCCCAUAUACGGCCCUGUUGCGGCAGUUGAAGGCAUGCGGCAAAUUCGGAAUCCUGAUGGCAGUGUUCAUGGUGCCGAUGCUAUGCACGGAAAAUCAAGAUUUGCCGGACAUGGAUGAAACAGCGGAGAAGUUCAAGAGUACGCAGGAGUUUGACCCAUCGUUUAUCAUCAACGUUAAGUCCGAAGAUAAGUACAAGAGUCGAAUGGCUGCCGUCAUACGGGACGUAAUACGGUACGGGUACUUGUGAGGAAAGGGAAGGAGGAGAUAAGUAAAAGAAGCGAUAGAUGUGUAAUAUAAUAUUGAGUUGAGGGAUAAAUAAAAACGGAUGGGCUGUGUCAUUGAAAAUAGA